UAUAAUCCAGAUAAGAAAACAUGUAGAGAAAUUUUAGCAGUAUUUUAAUUAAAAAUUAUAAUGUAUAAUAUACUUUUGUAUUAUUAGUUUAAGAGUCACUUUCUUUCUUUCUUUCUUUCCUUGUAAUUUCGCAGAACACAGGCGAUAUUUAAAUCGAUAAUUCGAGACGACUUCGUACUCCUUGGAUAAAUGUCAAAUGAAGUUACGAGAGGUAAUUGUCAGUCCGUUUGGCUUAAUCGCGUUUUGUAACUGCUGCGUUUUGAAACCGUCACGUUUUCUUCGACAAUCGCGUUACGUGCAAAUGCGUUCUCCUAUCGAGAUUAAAUGCCGCUUCUGCUUCGCAAAGGUGCAUUAAUAACGCCAUUGAAUGUCGCGUAAGAAGGGUUAAUAGAUAAUUUAUCGGUUGUCAUCGUCCGACGGAAUCCGCGAGUGAGAGAUCCGGAUGCUUCGCAUUGUCGAAGAGCUCCAGGAAUGGAGACGAACCUUGCGGAGUUCCAGGCAACGCGCGAUAUGAUCGACAAAUCUCACAUCGCAAUGAAACGAAACAUGGAAGAUGUUCAAGUUGAACGGCAGACUCAGGAGGAUGAAUACGAUCCUUUCGCUGAUCGCCCAUCCGCACCUUUGACCUCAGACUUCGCCGUGUUCAUGCAUCUAUUGAAGUGUGCAAUUGGCACCGGUAUACUCUUUCUGCCGCACGCCUUCAGGAGGACCGGCUACGUGAUGUCCAUCCUCUGCGGUGUCGUCGUCGGCGCGUUAUGCAUUCAUACGGCCAUUAUCAUCGUGCAGUGCUCCCAGGUGUUAUGCAGGCGCAAUCACGUGCCCAUGCUGGAUUUCGCCGAAACGGCGCAGUUCUCCUUCCAGGCGGGUCCGGAGAGGAUUCGAAAGUACGCCAGGCUAUUCGGCGUAGUUACCAACGUGAUCAUUUGCUUCGUGCACUUUCAGGCCGCAGUGAUAUACAUCUUAUACGUGGCCACGUCGUUCCAACAGGUGAUUGAAUUUUUCUCGGGGUUUGAGAUGGACCCGCGCGUCUAUAUCGUCAUCCUUCUUCCGUUCACCUGCACCUUGGGCUUCGUGCCGAACCUGAAGUACCUGGCGCCCUUCUCCGUUAUCGGCACUCUCUUCCUGUUCCUCGGAAUUUGUAUCGCGGUCUACUACUUCUUGGACGACGUCCCCGAUCCCCGUAGACUCGACGCCCUAACGGAGGUUCUGCCUGUGCCCAUGUAUUGCGCCAUUUUCCUGUUCGCCUUGCACAACAUGACCCUGUACCUGCCGCUGGAGAACACAAUGAGGCAUCCAGGUCACAUGCCGCGUUUGAUUGCCGUCAGCACGUUGCUGAACAUCGUUGUCUAUCUGACUUUCGGUUUCCUCGGUUACAAUAAGUAUCCGGACGCAUGUGACACCGUCAUCAAGAACUUGCCCAUGAUGGAGACCUUGGCUCAAGUGGUGAAAAUAGCCAUUUCCCUAUCGGUCCUGUUUACUUUCGGAUUGGCGAACUACGUCCCGAUCAGCGUGCUGUGGCCCAUGAUUCGUGCGAGAGUCGCCGCGAGGAGCUCGCUGCAUCAACGAUUUUAUGAGAGCUCGCUCCGACUGGGCGGCGUAAUCGGCACCACACUGCUGGCCAUCGCCGUGCCCCAAAUGGUACCCUUGCUGGGCUUGUUUUCCGCCUUGGGUAUGUCGACGAUCAUGCUGCUGAUACCCAUACUAAUCGAGACGUCGACCAAGUGGGCGGAAGCCACGAGGACGAUGCUCGCGAAGAACAUCGCUAUUUGCAUCGUGUGGCUGCUGAUCUUGAUUUUUGGGACGAUAGAGAGCGUCUGGUUGAUUGUCAAAGAAUAUAGUGGAACGAAACAGGAAGAAUGUUGAUCGAUAGCUUAUCAAACUACUUGAGACGCUCUAGCAAAUGAACUCUCUCCCUGCCGCGAGAUAAUAUAAUUCGAGCUACGCAAAUCAGAGGUGAUGUAACUUGAUGAUGUCGCGGGCAAUUAACCGCGAUAGAAGACGAAGGACUUCUCGCGGAGUGGCCGGCGAAGCGAAAGGAUGAGGACGAGGGGUCAGACGUACGCCAUCAGGAAAUCUCCGUGCGCUUGCUUUCCCCGCGCAGUGUGUUCCGUGCGGGAAGAAAUAAUCUCUCGUGCUCCGCGCUCUCGUUAUGGGCUUGGUUGGCAUCGUGAGGGGUGAUACGUUGUAUGUAUCUCGGUCGUUCUUUUUUUCCCCUCCUUCUCUCCUUCCUUCCUCCCCCUUGCGAUUUUCUCGCCUUUACAUGUUCGAGAUCAACGUGACCGAUACUGUCACGCCGGUGAUCGAGGACCUCUAAUUUCCGUAAAGAUCGGAAUGUGGCGACUUGCGACAUUCCCGGGGGAGGGGGAGGAGAGAAACACCAUCAGUUUCCCUUGGCCGGCAUUUACGUAACGCGCGCGCCGAGUUGCGCCGCGAUCGCGAUGUGGAACAAGAGCGACAGGCCACAAUGAGAAACUGCAUUGCGCGCGGCGCAGCGGUCCAGAGGAGGUGGGAUGGGGUAGGGAGGCUGAAGGGUAGGGGCCCACGGGUCCCUGGGGCCUACGGGGGUCUUCUUGCCGAGAGAAAGACGAAGGGAGAUGGCAUAUGCGCGCGCCCGGUGAACGGAAGGAGACGAGGCGACAAGGUGAAAGGGAACGCGCGCGCGCGAGAUCCGGAGGCGCGAAACGAUCAGCAGCGCCGAUCUCGCACAGUCGGAUAACCGCGCGACGUCCCUAUGGGUAAUACGAAACACGAUUCACGCCGCUACUCGACGUAUAGUAUUCUCCAGGAGGCCGACGACGUGUCGACGAUUAUACCGGCGAUCUAAGCGGCGGCGCGGCGCGGUGGUCCGCUCGCGUUCGUUUCUCUUCUUUUUUUUUUUUUAAACCGAUCCUUCGAUCUCUCUCUCUGUAAAAGUGCCGUUAAUCGAUUAAUUACACGUUCGAGCUCGAGCCCGCUCGAGCGAGGAUAAGCGCGCUGGGAUAGGAUGGAGAACCGGAAGCGACGUACCGCUUAGGAAAGAUUAGGCGGAAGGGAAGAACGUGAAAGCGGAAAGCAGAUCCGAUGGUCGCACGGUUUUGAAAUAUUACAAAGCGCCUUAAUAAUAUAAUUUCGUUGUGUUCGGAUGUUGUUAUCUCCGAUAUCACACUAAGACUGCUCAUUCAUGAAAACACGCAAACACCGAGGAGUAUCCCUAUAUUUCGUACAUCCAAGUUUACCUAAAUACUUGUUUACGAAUGUCUUCGUAAUUAUUUUACGCGCGUCACGUUCUACAUCUGUUUUAUAUAUUGCCGACUAUGUGACAGGAUUUGACGAACAAAUUUCCAAAGAGAAAUAAAGAAGCCAGAUUAUCGUUCGCCUUCUUCUUUACAUUUGCACGGUAAUGGUGCCAAUUAAUCGUUUAGCUCUGAAAGAACGUUUCAACGAGCUCUUCAAACGAUUUGUGCGUGUGUCGGCCCACGACAUUUAAAUCCCACGCCCUCUGAUUAUUCGUAUGAAGUGAUUUUGUUUUUUUUUUUUUUUUUGGACCUAUGAUGUGCCAGCAAGCGAAUUUGCCUGCUUUGAUUCCUGCCCACACCGUUUAUCGCGCGCACUCCAAAGCGUACGUCGAAUCGAGUAUAUUACACGCUGUCACUAUCUACUCCCUCCCUUCUCGGUGUACUCGAUGUAUACGAGUGAGGAAGCUCGUGUUCGCGGUAGUCACUCACGUGUAUUGACUGCCCGUAUAUAUAUACCUGGCUAACGCCAAGGAACUUGCCCAGUCGUGUGCGGUCUGUCAUUUGUUUCACCGCGGAUUAAUUUCGUUUAUUUACUCCUCGUUAUUGUCAUCGCCUCCCUCCCGUCUUCAGCGGCAGACCGGUAAAAAGAAGAAAAAAAGGGGGGAGCUCAGCGGAAUCGACGGGAGAUUAAUUUGCGGUCCGCUAUCCAUCCACGCGGACUCCAUUCAGUGGUUUCGAACGACGAGAGGAGUCAGCCAGGUCUCCCGGAUGACCGCCAGAUCCGUCCACGUGAGAGAGCAAACCCCCAGAGAGAUCGUACCAUCGCGGAAACGACGACGUUAACUUCCGAUGGAAUUCGAGGAGCACACUACGCGGAUGAGUUAUUAUUGUUAGAUUACAAUUCGUCACGGGAAUCGCGAAGUUCUUCAUGGUGGAGCCGCCGCACGAGUUUUCGUCGUCGCCGUAGUGAAAGAAUCCGUCCGAUCGCAACCUCGCUGCGCGAGAACGUGCGAUCUUCAAAUUACUAUCUUCCCGAAAAAUCCGCGCGACGUAGAUUCGCGAUAUCAGUAAGACUAACAGUAUAUAUAAUCACCGUAUUUAAUCGGCGAAGAUCAGUCGGUCAUUGUAUCCUCGCGCGGGCCGCGGGGUUUAUCGGGAUCGCGAUUCGUCUAGAUUUUUGUCUGGGAAACUUGCAAAUCAUACUUGGAUAGAUUUAAUAAUCUGCUGAUAAGUUAUUAUCUCGUUAUAUUAUAAAUGUAGCCUUUACGAGAGAGAAAAGACAGAAGGGUACGAGAGACCUUGGGUAGAACUCUCAGUAUAUAAUUCUCGCUCGAUCGGAACUCACGUGAGCGCAUCGUGCUCCACGAGAAGAGGGGAAACAGAAAGAGACAGAGAGAAAAUAAAGGCCUCUAACGCGCGAGAGUUUAAGCUGGAUCGUAGAAUAAGGAAAUAAUUCGCGCGUUCAAUUAAACGAGGGGAACGACAUUUCCAUAUGCGCGGAGUGACAAUGUAAAUCCGGAGGAUUCGGUGCACUUCAAACGUCAUCA